CACGUACACUGUGAAAAGGGAAAUGACACUGGGGGAGGGAGACAACACUAUUGAAUUGAAUUGAAUUCUACUUCUUCUUCACUUAUCACCUCCCAGCAUCUCCCUUCCACCACACACCUGGCUUCCCCUAUCACCUUCCAGCUUGUCCUCCCCUGCCCCCCAACCCUCACCUUCUUAUUCGAGUGUCUUCCCCCUUCCUUUCCAGUCCCGAUGAAGGAUCUUGGCCCAAAAAUUUCAACUGUUUUGAACUCGGCAAGCUAAACAUCUCAAAGGCAAAGUAAACUUAUUAUCAAUCUACCCUGGCGAUUCGUAAAUUAUUAAUUAUCUACCUGAUUAGGUCAUAAUUAGAAACUGGAGCCACUUAGCAGCGGGAAAGUAGAUGUCUGUAGUUCUUUCAGAGGGUUAGCACGGAGUAGACUGCCUGAAUGGCCUCUGGCGCGCUGCAGAGAUCUCUGAAGACCGGGUUUCUUUGUCAUCCUGCAGGGCAGCAGCAGCUGGGCAUCCAGGCGGGGGUGGUGUCGCCAGUCUCCGCCAACAACAUCACCAUCACCGGACUGAGCCCCAGCCAGCUGAGCCAGCUGCAGGUUGAGCCCGCUCUGCCGGCCGACGAGAUGGUGGGCCAGCCGGCGUCGCAGAGCAAGAAGAUGAAGCGGGUGGCCUGCACCUGUCCGAACUGCAAGGACGGCGACAAAAGAAGCGGCGAGGUUGGGAAGAAGAAGCACAUUUGCCACAUUCCAGGCUGCGAGAAGGUAUUCCGGAAAACGUCGCUGCUCCGGGCCCACGUCCGCCUACACACGGGGGAGCGCCCCUUCGUCUGCAGCUGGGUCUUCUGCGGAAAGAGGUUCACCCGCAGCGACGAGUUACAGAGGCACGCCCGGACCCACACAGGCGACAAGCGUUUCGAGUGCGGGCAGUGUCACAAGCGCUUCAUGAGGAGCGACCACCUGACCAAACACUACAAGACGCACCUCAACACCAAGAACUUGGUCUGAACCCCUUGUGGAACACUCGGGAGACGCGGUCUCCGUCGAACAACGGAAGUCGAAACCUUUUUGAAAAAAAAAUAAUGAUUUUUAUUUUGUUUCCGUUUCUUCGCAUUUUUAAAUGAAAGAGACAAAUAACGAAAGAGAGACUCUCACCCCCCCCAACCCCCGCCCCCCCACCCCCCCCCCCCCGUCGCCCCACUGGAGAGAGAGGGAGGGGACCGGGGCUGCUUUUCGUCCAUGCUCUCCCUGCGCCGGAGAAGCGGGGGAAAGUCACGUUACCGGUGAGAGGGGCGCAGGCACGGAGAGCGCAGUGGAGUGUGGGUGCCAGGGUGAAGGCGAAGCUGGAGAAAACGAGAAGGGGCGAGGUCCAGAAAAAGUCCAGUCUCUGUCUCGGUUGUUGUGUCCAUUCCUUGCUCUAUAACACAGUCAUAGUUUUUGCUGAUGUCUCUAACGAUAUGAUGCCUUAGAUUUUCAUUCACAAAUAAUGAGGGCUUUGUGUUACGAUUGAGCAGAGGCUUUCCAAUAGACACUUUGCUUUUUUUUAAAAAAAAUUGUUGACAAAAAAAAAAGUUUUCUUUUGUCCGAAUGUGAUUCUGCCGCAGGAUCAUGAAAUAAUAUCUGUCCAAAUGAUCAUCUUUGGACGAAAAAAAAUAUGAGGUGAAAGUUUAAAAAAAUGUUUUUUUUUAAUAUGUAUUGAUUUUUAAAUGAAAUAUGGGAUUAUAGUACCCUGUGAUGUUUAAUAGUGUGAAGACCGUAGCGCUCACAGUUGUUUACAGAGAAAUCUUGUUUGUAUUUUUUGAGCUGUGAUUGCAGGCAAAUCGGAUUUUAUUUUAGUAUAUGUUUUGGAUGUUAUAAGACGACUGGUAAUAAAUUUCUUAAUUGGUGAUAAAAGUCGUGGGUAGGAAUAGGGGUAAAUGUGGACGCCUCAGUCCGACCCCACAACAGCUUGGGUCUCCAAAUCAGACCACGAGACACAGGAGGAUAAUUAACCAGAACUUUUCCCGUCCACUCUAUCUGGGCCUUUCAAUAAUCGAUAGGUUUCAUUGAGAAUCCUCCCCACCCCCCCACACCCCCCCAUGCCCUUCUAAUAAACUCCAGUGAGUACAGGCCCAGAGCCGUCAAACGCUGCUGGUACAGUAACCCUUUCAUUCCUGGAGCCAUUCCCGCAAACCUCCUCUGAGACAAGGGGCCCAAAACCACUCACCUUAUCCCACAGUGAGACCUCACCAGUACCUUAUAAAACCUCAACCAUUACAACCUUGCUUUUAUAUUCUAGUCCCCUCGAAACGAAUGUUUAACAUUGCCUUCCUCACCGCCGACUCGAUCUGCAAAUUAGCCUGUAAGGAAUCCUGCACGGGGGGGGCUCCUUUGCCCCUCAUAUUCCGAACAUCUUUUCCCUGUUUCGAAAAUAGUCUUUGCCUUUCAACCUUUUUGCCAAAGUGCGCGACCCGUACACUUCCCUACGCAGUGUUCCAUCUGCUGUUUCUCUUGUCAAUUCUCCCAAAUCCAUCCAGGUCCUUCUGCAGCCUCCCUGCGUCCUUAACACUAUCUGUCCCUCCAACUGCCUUCAUGUCGUUCAUAAACUUGGCCGCGAAGCCAUUCAAUCCCUCGUCGACAUCGUUGAUAUAUAAUGUGAAAGGAAGCUGUCCCAACCCCGACCCCUGACGAGCUCCACCAGUCAAUGGCAGCCGACCAGGAAAGGCCCGCUUUACUCCCACUUUUUGUCUCCUGCCGGUCAGCCAGUCUUCUAUCUGUGCUGGUAUAUCUUCUGUAAUACCAAUGGGCUCUUGUUUAAGCAGCCUGCUGAAAAUCUGAAGUAAACAACAUCCGCUGGC